AUGGAUGUCAAGUACGGCAACUGGAAAACUGCCAGGCCGCGCGCCCAUCUGAUGAUCAUUUUCCUGUUCAUUAUAACCGACCUCGUGAGCAUCAUGUGCUACAUCCUGUACCUGCUGCCGUUACGGGAAUACUACGGUGUGUAUGGCUCCAACGCGUACAUUGCCUUCAGCUGCUUAGGUACUUCGAUCUUUGUGGGAGUGAGUGCGCCGCUCAUCUACUGGCCUUAUGCACACGGCAAUGAGAUGUCGCCCGUGUCGCGGCGUAAUGCGCUGUGCCUGGGCAUAAUCAUUUCCUUUCUCGCUCAUGACUUCCCAAUGGCGUGGCUGGAGCUGUGGCUGGUCACCACGUUUGGCUGGACAGAAUUGCUCCAGGCUAUUUCUUUGUUCCUCACUCUUUUGUGCUUCAUCAUCGGCUUCCUCGUCACCUGGGUGGCCUACUCGUGGAAACUGAGCAAGAUGCUGCAAAUCCGGUACGGCAACGCGGCCCCCAGUCAAUCAGCCGUCCCCGCUGCUCAGCUUGCACGAAGCUCAUCACGCGCCUACCGCAUUUGA